AUGGCAGGAUUGGCGGAUAUUGACCGGUCCCGGACCCGAAGAGACCGGACAUUUGUUGGCACCGAAUGCGCCGUCUGCGAGGAGCCAUUGGAGCACACUCUGCGUGGGGAGCGUGUUCUUCAGUUUUCUUGCGCUCAUGUAUCCCACGAGGCUUGCUUAUAUGAGUAUAUCCGGGAGUUGGAGGGCCAGUACUGCCCGACGUGUGAUGCGCCACUAGGGCUCGAUACGAGCCGUGGAGGCAAUAUUUUGGAUAUCGAGAAACUUAGCAACAUUGUACGUUCCGUGACGAGCGAUGCCGCUACCCAACGGAGUAACCCGACACCCACGCCGUGGGAACCGAACCCCCAUCCAGCACGAGCGCCCAACGAUGCAGCGAGUAGGACGUAUAACCGCGACAGUCGAGACAUAUACGCUCGGCGAGAUAGCCGCGACACUGGUAGUCACCGCGACACCGGUAGUCACCGCGACACCGUCAGUCACCGUGAUCGGAUCGAGCGCCUAACCACCGGUUCUCGCCAGCAGCAUUCUCGAAACGGCAGCGCGACUGGAUCAUCAGCCGACUACAAUGACCAUCAUCAUCCAGUUAACGGGCGACGCCAUGACUAUGAUCUCCAGGCGAUGGAGUCGGACCUCAGCCCACGUGCAGGGACCAUGAAGAAUCCAAUCCCAGCUCCGACAGUGACUAUCCGUAGCGAAUUCCCCACCCUCAAUCGGUCCCGUCAACAGCAGUCAUUAACCUGUCUUAUCACGGUUGAGGUUCCCGAGGGGUGGCGUGCGGACUCAGACGAUCUUCGUCACUCGACGGCUCCCUCCCAGCCUCAAGACGAACCUUACAAUGGCAUGUGCUAUCCUGCCGCUCCUGAGCCCUUACAAAUACCAUACGAGCCCCAGGAGAAUUUAGAUGAGAUUGCAGAAGAGUUGCGGACUCGGGUUGAUAACUGGCAUGGCCUUGAAUUUCAGCGAUUUGGAAAGCUUCGCUUGCAUGGUCACAUGCGGGUCGGCAAGGAUCGUGAAUCGUGGCAGGAUCUGGAGUGCUAUUUGUUUGCGGAGAUGCUUAUCUGCAUCAAGGAGAAGAAAAUUAGCAGUCGCCACCAUCAGUACGAGGAACAGACGCAGAAACCUCGUACUCGGUGUACGCUUAAGGGCUCGAUCCUCAUCAAAAAGCAUCUCAAAAACAUGGAAGCCUCUGCAGAUGAUCCCAUUCUCACGUUGAACCUUUCUGUCAGCGAACUUCCCUGCUUUUUUCUCCAGUUCCAGGAUCGGGACCAAAUGGAAAUCUGGCGUCGUGCUCUCCUGGAUCUUAAUCAAAUCGACAAUAUACCUCGAAAUGCCGACUAUGACUUCGAUAAUUCGGGAACCGAAGAGGAUGAGUACAGAACAAGCCAGGUCAAGCGGCAAGCGUCUCUGAAUUCCUCGUACGGAGCUUCACGGUCCAACAUUACAGCCAUCACAGAUUAUACGAACGCGGGCGUGGAAGGUAGACCCACUGCCUCCUUGCAUAUCCCGCUUGAUAUCGUGGUGGUUAUCCCGGUGUCAUCUUCCAUGCAAGGGCUGAAGAUUACCCUUUUGCGUGACGCACUAAAAUUCCUCGUGUACAAUCUUGGCCCGAGAGACCGUAUGGGAUUGGUGACUUUUGGCUCUAGCGGUGGCGGAGUCCCUCUGGUGGGCAUGACAACUAAGUCUUGGGGAGGAUGGAGCAAAAUUUUGAACUCCAUCCGCCCAGUGGGGCAGAAAAGCUUGCGUGCAGAUGUGGUAGACGGUGCAAAUGUCGCCAUGGAUUUGCUGAUGCAGCGGAAAUCCUCCAACCCCCUGUCCACUAUCCUCCUGGUUAGCGAUUCUUCCACGUCCGAUCCAGAAAGUGUGGAUUUUGUUGUAUCCCGAGCCGAAGCUGCCAAGGUUAGCAUUCACUCCUUCGGUCUUGGACUAACACAUAAACCGGAUACCAUGAUCGAACUAUCGACGCGGACCAAGGGUUCAUACCUUUAUGUGAAGGAUUGGAUGAUGCUUCGGGAAUGUGUCGCUGGCUGUUUGGGCUCUCUGCAGACCACGGCCCAUCAGAAUGUUAAGCUUAAACUUCGCCUGCCAGAGGGCUCGCCGGCCAAAUUUGUCAAGAUCAGCGGCGCCCUUCAUACGACCAAGCGAGCAACUGGACGCGAUGCGGAGGCUGCUCUGGGAGACUUGCGGUUCGGAGAUAAACGCGAUAUUUUGGUUCACCUUGUCAUCCAGCCCGACAACUCCUCGCAGGACAACAUGCCCCAGGAUCCGUGGGAGAGUCUGGUGUCAGGGUUAGAGGCUCUCGGGGGCGGCUCUGAUGGCGACGACCAACGCGUGCUUAGCGUAGAGGAGGUGCCACUUAUCCAGGCGGAUCUUACAUAUGGAGAUCUCCUGCGCGAUGGUCAUUUGACACAUUCUCCUCGACCGUCGCUCCUGGCAAUCACCAUGCUCCCGCCAAACCCGAGAGUGAAGAGCGGCUUCGGUCGACCGUCGACCCCCCCGAUUCCCCCUCACCCUUCCAUCGUUCAACGACGCAUGGAACUUCUCACAUCGGAUAUGCUGACCAGGGCCUUGACGCUGGUGUCACGUGGCCAGCAUGAACGAGCACAGCAUCUCCUGAUGGAGACCCGCAGUAUUCUCAAAGGUUUGGGUAAGGGAAGCCUUCCCCCACUCCCGCCCGGUGCUGCAAAACCUACUAGCGGUAGCGAGUCGGGAAGCCGCGGAGAAACGCCUAUUUCGUCGUCACCAAAAUCCUCGAACUUCGGGGAGAGCCAUUCAUCCACAACUUCGGAGACUGCUACCGUUUCUCCAGUCGCUGCAGUUGAUGCACAGACCAUAACAGCACUGGAUGCGGACUUGGCGUCAGCUCUGGAAUGGAUCAAUCAUCCCGCCGUGUUUGGUCGGGAUUCUCGCAAGGCUGUGCUGCAGGGGAUCGGAGUGAUCUCGUCGCAGCGAGCAUAUACCUUCCGCUCACCGUCUGAGGCUCACUGGGCGCAGCGAGUGGCGGGGGUUCGCCGACUGACUGAGCGGUCCAAGGAAUGGCGCGAGACCGGUGAUGAUGCAUUGACUGAAGAAUAG